GUUGGAAUGAUGCAGUAGAGGAACUGCCCAUAUGUGAUUCAGAUUCAGAAGUCAUUAUAAAAGCAAAAAAGUUGUUGAAGUUGACAUUGGUGCGAUCUUUUAAAGCGGUUUCACCAGCUGCUCUAAACCCUUUGAAGGAUGUGACGACGUUAGGAAAAGUCCACCUAAAUCAACUUGUUCACCCCGCAAUUGACUCCGCGCUUUGGAUUUUUAGUAAUGUCAAUUACGUGUAUGAGGAAAUACCUCUCCAAGGGCAAGAAUCCAAGUUACGAGCAGAUGGGAUCGGAUACAUCAACGAUGUCGUUAACUAUAUUAUUAUAUGUUGUGAAGGUGCAAGGCCUGGCGCUCCAAACAAAAAGAAAAUAGACGAUGAAUCGAAGAAUACGAAGAGCAUGGUGGGACUAUACAAUUAUAUUAUUACGUCUGAAGUAGAAGCUCGGAAACAGCUAUACAUUGACUUACGGACAUAUGGGAUAACCGCAUUCCGCACAGACAUAUCAUUAACCAUGCUUGAUUUUCGAGGAGCAUAUCGGUUAUUUGAAGUGGAUCGGUACUCUUUGCCAAGAGAUUGGACAGAUAUGCCGAACUUUGUUUACAUGUAUGGGGCCUUGGUAAAGUGGUCG